GAUAAGAGGAGGUAGGAGCGUGGAGGUUUGUUACUACUUGUUACCGUGUGAACCCCUACAUACCCGCUCCUCCACGUCCACGACCCCCGAACCGCCCGUCCCCUACUCCCCUGCAACCGCAGCUGGAGCUCCCCCCACUACUAAAGUCCAACACCGGAAGCUGCCCCCCUCGUGGACUCGAGCCAGGUCUGCUGCAGCCUGCGCGCCGACGCCGGUCGGGAUGCUCACGUUCACGGAGCUGGCGCCGACACCGGCGACGGGCGGCGGCGAGGGGUGUGUCGACGCGCAGCUGUGGCUGGCGUGCGCGGGGUCCAUGUGCACCGUGCCGCCCGUGGGCGCCGUGGUCUACUACUUCCCGCAGGGCCACGCCGAGCAGGCCAACGCGGCCGUGGACCUGUCCGCGGCGCGCGUCCCGGCGUUCGUGCCAUGCCGCGUCGUCGCCGUGCGGUUCAUGGCCGACCCGCAGAGCGACGAGGUCUUCGCCAAGAUACGCCUCGUCCCGCUCCGCCCCGGGGAGGCGCCGGUGGACGUGGGCGAGGCCGCGAGCGAGGGGAUGAGGGGCGGCGCCGGGGACGAGCAGCCGAAGCCGGCGUCGUUCUCCAAGACGCUGACGCAGUCCGACGCGAACAACGGCGGCGGGUUCUCGGUGCCGCGGUUCUGCGCGGAGACCAUCUUCCCGGAGCUGGACUACAGGGCCGAGCCGCCCGUGCAGUACGUCUACGCCAAGGACGUGCACGGCGUGGAGUGGAAAUUCCGGCACAUCUACCGGGGCACCCCGCGCCGGCACCUGCUCACCACGGGGUGGAGCAACUUCGUCAACCAAAAGAAGCUCCUGGCCGGCGACUCCAUCGUGUUCCUGCGCGGCGAGGGCGGCAAGGUCCACGUCGGCCUCCGGCGCGCCAAGCGCGGGUUCUGCGUCGGCGGGGGCGACGAGGGCUCCUCCUCCUUGUCCGGGUGGGACCACUACAGGGGCAUGGUGCGGGGCAAUGCGAGCCCCUCGGGCGGGGGCGCGCAUUCGAACGGCAAGGUGCCGGCGGAGGACGUGGUCUCCGCGGCGAGCCUGGCCGCCGCCGGACAGCCGUUCGAGGUGGUGCACUACCCGCGGGCGAGUUCACCCGAGUUCUGCGUGCGUGCGGCCGUGGUCACGGCGGCCAUGCAUGUGCAGUGGUGCCCGGGCAUACGGUUCAAGAUGGCGUUCGAGACCGAGGACUCGUCGCGGAUCAGCUGGUUCAUGGGCACCAUCGCCGGCGUCCAGGCCGCCGACCCCGUCCGGUGGCCGCAGUCGCCCUGGCGACUCCUUCAGGUGACCUGGGACGAGCCGGAGCUCCUGCAGAACGUGAAGCGCGUGUGCCCGUGGCUGGUCGAGAUGGUGUCGGGCAUGCCCAACCUCCACCUACCGUCCUUCUCGCCGCCGCGCAAGAAGCCGCGGAUCCCGCUGUACACGGAGUUACCCUUCGAGGGCCAGCUCUUCGACCCGGCCUUCCCGCCCAACCCGCCGCCACUGGCGCCCCACCCCUACCCACACCACGACCAGAACCACGGCUUCGUCCCCUUCUUCCCCUUCCCGGACAGCAGAGCUGCUGCAGGCAUACAGGGAGCCAGGCAUGCGCUAUUCGCUCCAUCCUUUUCGGAUCUCCACAUUAACAACCUGCAGCAAAGCCUGCUGUUCUCCGGCAUCCGCCUUCCUGACCACCACGCCCCUCGCCCUCCGAGGAUCAGCACCGGCCUGACAAUUGGCAGCCCGCCCGCUUUCCAAGACGCGCCGUGCUCCCUAUCGACUGGCGCCAAGAAGCCCGACGGCGUCAAGGCGCCGGGGCUAGUGCUCUUCGGACGGGCGAUACUGACGGAGGAGCAGAUCAAAGCUAACGCUUCCGGUGGCCCGACCUCGACGGGAACCACCGGGAACGGCUCGUCCAAGUCCGACUGCGACGCCGAGAAAUUACCCAGUACAUCUGAAGGCUCCGGCUCCGGUGUCAUCCAGGGCAGUCCUACCAAAAACAACUUGUCUUCUUGGAGAUUGCAGUGGUUUGGAGACAAUGGCAGCCAGUCAUCAUCUGAGUUUGGGCUGGAGCCUGGCCAGAGCAAGGUGUUCGUCGAGUCGGAUGCCGUCGGCCGAAACCUUGAUCUCUCGGCGCUGGGCUCGUUCGAGGAGCUGUACACCCGCCUGUCCGACAUGUUUUGCAUUGACAACGCAGAGUUGAGGAGCCAUGUGCUCUACCGCACCGCCGUAGGCGAGGUCAAGCACGUCGGCGAUGAGCCUUUCAGUGCGUUUGUGAAAUCAGCGCGGAGGAUCACAAUACUGACAGAUGCCGGCAGUGACAAUAUAGGGAGCUGAGAAUGAAAUGAUGAGCAGAAUAACUUAGUGGCUAGGGCACUACUCCUACGCAGCAAUAAGCCAAACCACAUGCAUGUACAGCAGAACGAGCUGUGGUUUCUUCUUCGAUCAGGCCUAGAGAGUUUCUGUCAGGAAAUUAAACUGAUGCAGCCUUCAGUGCUUCAGUUAGGUUGUUUUCCCACCCUUUUUAUUUAGUUCAGUUACGUUGUUUUAAUCAUUCAAACAAAAUGUAAUCUUGAUCAUCAAACGCGCAUCUUAAUUUUGAUUC